AACAUGGUACUGUUCCUCCGGCAGCUCACCAUAACCGCUGCGGCGGCGCUUCUCCGCGCCCCCACCACGUCGAUUCCUACCUUCGUUGCUCCUGGUAGAGCAGCCGGCGGUAGGCGCUGGAGGAGUGUGAGGGCCAGCGCGGGCGGCGGGGGUUGGCUGUCCGGCCUGCUGGGCGGGAAGGGCGGCGGCGGUGCGCCCAUGGCGAUGACGGUGACGCCAGGGACCGUGAAGGCCGGCGACCCCGUGCUUCACGAGCCAGCGCAGGAGGUGGCUCCGAGGGACGUGUCCUCAGAGAAGGUCCAGGGCAUCAUCGACCAGAUGAUCGCCGUCAUGCGCAAGGCCCCCGGCGUCGGCCUCGCCGCCCCACAGAUCGGCGUCCCCUUGAAGAUUAUUGUCCUGGAGGACACCCAAGAAUUCAUCAGCUAUGCUCCCAAGAAGGACAUUGAAGCGCAGGAUCGCCGCCCCUUUGAUCUUCUUGUUAUUAUCAAUCCUAAGCUUAAGAAGACGAGUAAAAGAAGUGCAUGUUUCUACGAGGGAUGUCUGAGUGUUGAUGGAUAUAGGGCGGUCGUUGAGCGACAUUUAGAUGUUGAGGUUUCGGGUUUGGACCGAAAUGGACGCCCCAUUAAGGUGGUGGCUUCAGGAUGGCAGGCACGCAUCCUGCAGCAUGAGUGUGAUCACCUUGAAGGCACUUUGUAUGUUGACAAAAUGGUUCCGAGGACAUUCAGGACGGUUGAUAACUUGGAUCUUCCGCUUGCCACUGGAUGCCCUCCUUUAGGUGCACGAUAGCGUUCAUGCCAUUCCAAUUCUCUAUUCAAGUAUAGGCAUUUAAGAACUCCACUACAAUCAGGAGUUCCGGACAACGGUGUUACAGCCCAUAGAUUAGAGGGAGAGAGAUGGCGCAGCUGGCUGGAGGUGUUGGUAUGGCUGGGUUUAGCGGAUGGUGCAUCUUGGAUUUAGAGGGAGAGAUGGGAGAAACUAGGGCUAAAUUCUAGAUGGCCUUUGUUUGAUAUCUAGGAAUCUCCUUAUAUAGAUAGGUGGAGAACCCUUAAAAUCAUGGAAUGCAAACUUUUAUGUUUGGAAUUUAGUAAGUCCUAACUUGGGGUCAAGAAGGCAGAUGCGCCUUCCCUGGUGUGGCCUGGUCAGCUGAGCGCAGCAAGAGGUGGCUCUUCUUCUUGUACUUCUGUCCCCACAUAACAAAGGGAGUGGUUAUGUUCCUUACAGUGGGAAACAAUUAUGAGAUUAUAUGGUAUUGAAUCAUGACGCAAGAGAACAAGAGGGACUUCAACCUGCAGGAUGCAGAGUUUAUUAAUGAUGACAGCUUACUGACACUUGCUCACAUGUCCCUUAGGAAUAGGAAGUUAGCAUUUACUAACAAUGUCAAUUCCAAUAUAAGUUACAGCGCAGAUAUAUGCUGCUAAAAUUCCGUUUGAAAGUUCUCUUGUUCCAAAUGACAAUUUGCUGGUUAUGCUAAAGAAAGAGUGGGAGAGCAAAUGACAGAUGUAAUUCUGUACUGCAGGCAUAGUGGUAUGGAAUCACAUUUGAAUGAAUGCUCUGGCACAUGACCUUUUUUUUGUGCUUUAGGAGCAUAGAACAGCUGGAGCGUACGUCCAGUGUGAGGCAAGAAUAUUCAGUACCAUAGACAGGAACAGAUGCCAUAACAUAACUAGCCUCAUUAGAGGGAGCAAGAGAAUACAGGAACAUAACACAAAUGUAAGCAUUAUGGGGUUGUUGAGAUUGCUUUGUUAUGAUCACUUUCAACAAAGAAAGCUGCCAAAUGUGAGAAGAGAUAAGUAUGAACUUAUGGUUUUAGUUUGCCUACCAUGUGUAACAGAUA